ACCCCACAAAAAAAUCUAUUCUCUGUUUUUAUUUAGCCUUUUCUCUCUCUUCUCAUUCUCUCAUUCACAUUUGCAAUCGACAGUAUUGGCGGGUUCUCUGGGGACUAAACGCUUUUCUCUCAUCUUCAUUUCCUUCACUUAAUUCAAUCAUUUUUCAUAACCCAAUAGCAAAAACCAUCCCUUCUAUUCUCUCUUGCCUGAAAACCAUACAUACAACGAGCAAAGCAACAACAACAAAAAAAAAAAAUGGAGUGGACCACCCUUCAAUCUUAGCUGUUCUAUCUCUGAUUUUUUCUGUUUCUCAUAAGGUAGCAUUUUUGGUGGAAACCAGCAAGGCAAAAACAAUGUCUAGUUAUCAAGGUGUCAUCGUUUCUGAUCCUUGGCUUCAAAGCCAGUUCACUCAAGUUGAGCUCCGUACCCUUAAAUCCAAGUUUAUCAACGUGAGGACUCAACAUGGUCGUGUUACUCUCGGUGAUUUGCCGCCAGUUUUCUCCAAGUUGAAGGCUUUUACUGAAAUGUUUAAUGAGGAUGAGAUUAAGACUGUUUUGGGAGAAUCCAAUAGUGGUAUGGGUGAAGAAAUUGAUUUCGAGGGCUUUCUUCGGGCUUAUUUAAAUUUGCAAACUCAUGCAAUUGAAAAAUCGGGUGGAACAAAAUCUUCGUUUCUCAAGGCAACCACAACCACUUUUCAUCAUGCUAUUAAUGAAUCCGAGAAGGCUUCUUAUGUUGCUCAUAUUAAUAACUACCUAGCUGAAGAUAAAUUCUUGAAAGAUUUUCUUCCUAUUGAUCCAGCUACUGAUGCCUUAUUCGAUCUUGCUAAAAACGGAGUUCUUCUUUGCAAGCUUAUCAAUGUAGCUGUUCCUGGGACCAUAGAUGAGAGAGCUAUUAACACCAAAAAGGUUCUCAAUCCCUGGGAGAGGAAUGAGAACCAUACUCUUUGCCUUAAUUCUGCAAAAGCUAUUGGUUGCACUGUGGUUAAUAUUGGCACACAAGACCUUGCUGAAGGAAGACCCCAUCUGAUACUUGGAUUGAUUUCUCAAAUUAUUAAGAUUCAAGUACUAGCAGAUCUCAAUCUGAAGAAAACUCCUCAACUCGUGGAAUUGGUGGAUGAUAGCCAGGAUGUGGAGGAGCUCUUAAGUUUAGCACCUGAAAAGGUUUUGCUGAAAUGGAUGAAUUUUCAUCUGAAGAAAGUGGGAUACGAAAAGCAGGUUACAAACUUCUCUACAGAUUUGAAGGAUGGAGAGGCAUAUGCAUACCUGCUUAAUGCGCUUGCCCCUGAACACAGUACCCCCUCAACUUUGGAUACAAGUGAUCCAACCGAAAGAGCAAACAUGGUUCUUCAGCAGGCUGAGAAAUUGGAAUGCAAAAGAUUUCUCACUCCUAAGGACAUUGUUGAGGGCUCACCAAAUCUCAAUCUUGCAUUUGUUGCACAAAUUUUCCACAACAGGAAUGGUUUAUCUACUGAAAGCAAAAAUAUGUCCUAUGCUGAGAUGAUGACCGAUGAUGUAGAAACUUCUCGUGAAGAAAGAUGCUUUCGACUUUGGAUUAACAGUCUUGGAAUUUCUACAUAUGUCAACAAUCUUUUUGAAGAUGUUAGAAACGGAUGGGUUAUGCUAGAGGUUUUAGACAAACUUUUUCCUGGAACGGUAAACUGGAAGCAAGCUAAUAAGCCUCCUAUAAAGAUGCCAUUUAAAAAGGUUGAGAAUUGCAAUCAAGUUAUAAAUAUUGGGAAGGAUUUAAACUUCUCACUUGUGAAUGUAGCUGGCAAUGAUGUUGUGGCAGGAAACAAGAAACUUAUAGUUGCAUUUUUAUGGCAACUCAUGCGGUUCUCUAUGCUCCAACUCCUUAAAAACUUGAGGUCUUUCUCUCAUGGUAAAGAAAUUACUGAUGCCGACAUUCUGAACUGGGCUAACAAUAAAGUAAAGAAGUCAGGUAGAACCACUCAAAUGGAGAGCUUCAAGGAUAAAAGCCUUUCAAAUGGUGUAUUCUUCCUCGAGCUUCUUACUGCAGUGGAGCCAAGGGUGGUUGACUGGAAUCUCGUUACCAAGGGAGAAACUGAUGAAGACAAGAAGUCGAAUGCAACCUAUAUAAUCAGUGUUGCACGAAAGAUUGGAUGCUCCAUUUUCUUAUUACCGGAGGAUGUCAUAGAGGUAAACCAGAAAAUGAUUCUUACAUUGACUGCCAGCAUCAUGUACUUUUGCCUACAGCAGCAAGGAGAAGGGCCUGAUGACAGUGACCUUGCCAGUGAAGUCUCGAGGUUGUCUGUUGACGGUUCAGUCUCAGAUGCUGCUCCAUCUCCCCAAGCUGAAGAUUAGGGAAUUCUCAUAAUAAUUGAAGAAAAUUAUGGUAACAAUUAAUGACCUUAGAUAAGCUUUCUAGUUUUUCUUCCCCCUUAAAACUGUCUCUAAGCAACUGGAACUAAGAGGCAUUGUUCCAGUUUUAUUGCCUUUUUUUGUAGACCACAGGAGAAAAGAAAAGAUAUGGGUCUGUAAAAAAACAUUAACUACUGUUGGAAAAUAUUAUUUGGAUUGCAUUGAUUUUCAUA